AUGUUCAAGAAAGCUCUCCAAGACCACCCAGGUAGUGGCACGAAACCUCUUCACCAGACCGACUUAUUGCGUGCCAAUUCAAUGGUUCCCUCGAAGUCACAACCACAACCUGGUGCUGUCAAACGAAAAGUCGAAGUCGCCGAAUCCUCGUUGGGGUCCCUUCAUAAUGCGGUAUAUUUCGAUGAAAAUGACUUCGAUGAUGAUCUGGACCUCGAUGAGCCGCAGCCAUUGAUUGCGCCGAGCGUUUCUGGCUCCGCCACCUCUAAAACAGUCACAUACCCAAGCUUGGACACUACAUCAAGGAUUGGCCAGUCUUUUUAUGGCAACGAAAAUCCAACAGACGUAAAUUACCCUGAUCUUCCAUCCAUAUCCCAAGAAGCAGCAGCAGCCCCUCCCAGCAGCAUGCAGUUACCGUGGUCAUCAUCACCGCCCUCCCAUUUCCAACCGCCUGUCAAGAAACCUCGUACGCUUCCGUGGACCAAAGAAGAAGAGGAACCCCGCGAAGACAAGAAAAAGAGCUUUGUGACUCCCAAGCGUUCAAGACCUGCAGAACCAUGGAACAAGUCUGAGAGCACCAUCAAGGCGGAACAGAAAGAGUUGCGACAAGAAUACAAAAAGACCCAAAAACCCGACGGGAAUUCGAAAACAAAGGACAAUUCCAAGAUUGCCUCUGUUUUCUUGAGUGACGAGCAAAGAGCUGUUCUUGACGCUGUUGUCGACCGCGGAAAGAGCAUGUUCUUCACCGGUUCUGCGGGAACGGGAAAAUCAGUCCUUAUGAGAGAAAUUAUUGCGAAGCUGCGCAACAAAUAUCGCAAAGAACCCGAUCGAAUUGCAGUCACAGCAUCAACAGGUCUUGCGGCUUGCAAUAUCGGGGGUGUGACUCUCCACAGUUUUGCCGGAAUUGGUCUAGGCAAAGAGCCAGUGCCCGAACUAGUGAAAAAGAUCAAGAAAAACCAGAAAGCUCGAAAUCGCUGGCUGCGUACCAAAGUCCUUGUUGUUGAUGAAGUCUCCAUGGUAGACGGAGAUCUAUUUGAUAAGCUCGAAGAGAUUUCCCGACGAAUUCGCAACAAUGGUCGUCCCUUUGGAGGAAUCCAGCUUGUUGUAACAGGCGACUUCUUCCAACUACCUCCCGUCCCAGACGGAAGCAACCGGGAGGCAAAAUUUGCAUUUGCAGCUGCUUCCUGGACAACUUGUAUCCAACAUACCAUUCUUCUAACCAACAUCUUCCGUCAACGAGAUCCGGAGUUUGCUGAUAUGCUGAAUGAAAUGCGACUGGGGAAAAUUACCCCUCGCACGAUUGAGGCCUUCAGAAGGCUCUCUCGCCCCCUUGAUGUCAAAGAUCAGAUCGAAGCAACAGAACUGUUCCCAACGCGCGCUGAAGUGGAAGGUGCCAACUCUGCACGGAUGGGAAGACUUUCUGGCGAGAUUAUGAGGUUCAAUGCAGUGGAUUCUGGGACAAUCCAGGACCCUCAGCAUCGCGAGAGACUGCUGGCAAACUGCAUGGCCCCCCCAUGA